AUGAAAUCCCCUUAAUAAUACUUUUUAGCUACAGCAUUAGGAUCAUUAGUAAUUCUAAUAAUAAUGAUUUAUUUAAUGGUUUCAAAUAUGAUACCAAUUUAUGGAGGAUUAUUAAUAAUAUUACCACUAGCAGGAAUUAAUACAUACCUAUUUUACAUAGUUUAUCAAAAUAAUUAUGUAGAUUCAUUAAAAAAAAUGAUGUUAAUAGGAAUGCCAGGGGUUGGCAAAACAUUUCUUUAUAAUUAUUUGUAAUGCAAAACUAUUUAAAAAUAAAAAAACUUUUAAAUAGGAACUUUCUAAGAACUCUGUAUUAUUGAUUCUCCUGAUUUAGAUCUAGAAUCCUAAAAAAGGGAAAUCAGAAUCAAAGAAUUUCAAAAUAUUUUUAUUAAAUUUUAAAAUUCUAUUUGUGCUCUAUUAUUGAUAGUGAACUUUGAAAGGACAGAUUUAAUGAAAUCAAAGUUCUUAAAAAUUUUUAAGUUCUUAGAAAGUUUAGUCCUUUAAUUUUUUUGAUAAUCACAGACUUCGAUAAAAGUGAUAAUUAGACUGAAGAUUAAAAGAAUCUGAAAGAAAGUUUUAAACUAUUUUAAUUAAAAAAAAUUAUUUUUUUAGAUAAAAAGGCAAAUAAAUAAGAAUUAUACAAAGAAUUAUUAUAAAUACAAAAGGAAAUGCCUAAUGCUUUAAUCGAUUUAAAGGAUACUAUAUUUGAAAAAUUAGAUGCUGAGGAUGAAGAGAAAUAUUUAGAACAAUUUAAAAAUAAAAUGAAUUCUUAAAAGUAUUAAGUUUGAAUUAAUUAUUAGUGAUUUAGGAGUUACUUUUUUGAAGAAUUGA